UCAAUGGGGUCCGUUUGUGAGGUCUGUUGGUAUUACAGCGGUGAAGUGUGUUUGGCUCAGGACUUCACUCUGAGAACUGCGUGGAUAAAGUUGUAGGUAGCACGCGCUUGGUGCGACUUCUUGUUACUUUGAAUCAGCUCCUCUUUGGCCGUUGCUCGCGUGCGUUCCCCAACUAAUCAGUGGGAAGAUCUCCGAGGUCGCAGCUCUGUAGUUUUGCUCUUCUGCCGGGUCCAACCCAAACAGUGAAACUGUGUUAUCUUUCUGACAGUCCACAAUGGACGAGGAUAACAGCGUUUUACCUGAUUUGAAGGACAUAGAGACAAAAUUGGGUCGUAAAGUCCCGGAUAGUCUCAUUCGUUCUCUUGUUGGAGGAAAACAUCACGACAAGCACGAUAAAUCGGCAGCACCGCAUUUAGUGAACUGCAAACUUUGUUCUAAUUCUGCGGACUUGAAAAGACUGGAGAGCAAAAUGCAAUUCCUCAAGCAAGAAAUGGCACAUCUGCGAGCCAUUGAUUUGAAGCUGAUGCAGCAGCUUAUGUCAAUCAACGAGGGCAUCGAGUCCAUCCGUUGGAUGAUAGAAGAUAAAGGAGGCGCUGCCAGCCAAGAUGGCAGCUUGACAGGCAGCUUGUACAGCCUAUCAGACAGCCAGGAUGGUACCUCACUACGAGGCAGCUUCAGCAGCUUGAAUGAUGGCAACAGUGAUAACCUAGAUGGUUUGUCUGUAGGUAGUUACCUGGACACACUAGCAGAAGACCUCCCAGAUGACCCGUCACCUACAGACCUUGAUGGUUUUGGGGAUAAAACUGUUAUUGAUGGUGAUUCUUUCAGCAAGUCACCACUGAAACUCAGGGUGGAAUCAGAUGAAUACUACUGCUUUGGAUAAUGAUGAUAAGCUAGACACAGUGGUUACAGACUACUGAGCUAUAUUGUGAAGAAAGAUUUUUGAAAUGUGUUCUUUACUUUGACACAUGAAUACAACUGUCAGGUUAAUUUUCCUUCAUGCUUCACAUUUUUCUCUUUAUAGCUUACCAAAUAAGUCAUGUUACUUUUUCCAUUCAAACCAGGUUCCUUAUGUUGUGGAAUUACUCACCUCAUCAAACCAUUGCCACUUAAUGUCACUGCAAAUGCAAGUGAAAACAUUGUAACAAGUCUUUAUGUCUUAAUUUUUUUAUCAUGAAGAUUAAUGCUUUUAAAAAGGUGCUCUAUUACACAGAAAGACCAGAAGUUAUCCAAUACCUCAGCAGUUUAUUUUUUUCACAGAAAUCUUCUUAGUCUGAAAUAACUGAAGAAAGGGUGAAUUAAAGCAGUUUCCUUCUUUAUAUGUGGAACAUUCAACUUGGACUUUGUGUUAGGUCAACCACAAUCGGCUGAUCUAAGUAGAGGAGUAGAUUAGGAUUUAGCAGCCAUUUGGAAAAUUGGACAUUUCAUGCUGAGUGAUUCAAGAGCCUAAACUGCUUAAAGUGGCAAAGUGGUUAGUUACAGCAAGUGCAAUUUGCUUCAUUGCCAAGUUCCGAGCACCACCUACUGUACAUGUUAAGCUGUUCAUUAUUUUUACUUUAAAUGUUUUGACUGAUGUAAGUUCCUAAGCUAAACCCGACUCAGCAACUGUAGAAUUUAGAACACAAAGUCUUAUACACAAGAGAUUAGUUGCACAUUGAAAGCACAGAUGCUUGACUGAAAAACCAAAGCAAUUUGAUUGUCUUAUAGAUAAUUUAGGCCUGAGGCAAACCCUGUUAACACCAGAUGGGAGAUAUGUUGAUGAUGGACAUAAGUGAAACACAUGUUUGCUUUGCAGGCACAUUUUAAUUCUGUUGUCAACGAGAGCUUUACAUUGCUGUACAUAAAUGUGUUGUUUUUAGUUUUAAACUCCUUUUGUUGAUUUGUUUGACAUUUGUAUUUUAUGCUGCCUGCUUUUGAAAACAGUUUUACUGAAUGCUAAUUGAUUUUGUUGUGGAAAUGAAAUAAUAUAUUUUAAUUUUC